UUCCACCCUCCCUUUCUUCCCCCAACAUAGAAAAACCCUUAGUCGAUUCUGCCUCUGAGCCUUUUUUCUUUCUGUUUACAUUUGUUACAAAAAGCGAUCCACAAUGGCGCCUAACCCCUUCAACCUCGACGAAGUGUUCUACGACUCGUGCCUGUACAUCCCCGCACAAUUCGGAAACGAGCCGCCGAUUGCCUCAACCUCGACCCUCGUCCCACCCACCGUCUACACAUUCGGCAAGUGCGAGGGUGACAUCGACUCGUCCCGUCUCACCGACCAUUACCCUGCUGCUUAUAAAGACUUCUUCGGUACGCCCAGUGGCGCUCCCUGCAUCUACAAGUCGGGCCCUGCCUGGCCUGAACGCCCAGGUCCGCAUGCGCAGCGCUUCAUCCGUGAGGCACGCCCUGUCUAUGGCCACCCUAUCGCAGGCUCCUGGCUCGAGAUCGGUACGGAAAUCUACAAGUCCCUCGACUCUCACGGCGUCAUGUGGACCUCGAUCGACCCCGUCGCCUUCGCCAAUGCAGGGGAGAAGACGCCGUUUUGCCCACUCCUUAUGUGGAUCGGCGUGAAGCACAAGACUCUCCCCUUCGACGCUGCGGUGGCUGCCGCCGACGCCAUCAAGCUUAUCCUCAGUCUAGCUGGCUUCCCUGACAUCGAGGUCGCUUUUCGCGAGUCGGAGGUGACCCACUCUGUUGGUGGCCCGAAGCUCCUCCCCUUCACCCCCCUCUUCGACCGCAUCCCCAAGUUCCGCAAGCCUUUCACGCCCACGCUUGGCCUCUCCAUUGCCCCACUCAAGACACCCCACUACGAGGGCACCGGUGCCCUCUACUUCCGCCUCGGCAAAGAUGACGAUGAGCGCGUCGUCCUUCUCACUGCUGCCCAUGUCGCUCGCCCUCCUGCAUAUGCCUACAUGGGCACGUUGCGCCAGCACACCAGACAGCAACAUGAGCACAUUGUCGCCCUCGGCUGCAUGGGCUACUGGAAUGCUAUAAAUGCCAUGAUGGACACCAUCGGCGACCUCGCUCGCUCCAUCAAGGUGUGGAACAAGGUGAUCUCCAGGCUGGGCGAGUUCGUUGAGGGCGAGGAUGCAGCGGUCACCGAUUCGCGCAAGUACACCCAGCGUGACGUGGAGAAGGCGAUGAGGAUAAUCGACAACUUGAACAAGCUUCACGACGAGGUUACUAAACGCAGGACGCACCCGGACCUGCGAAUCAUCGGCUUCGUCCUCCACGCUGAGCCCAUUGUCGUCGCCGACGGACCCACCGAGUUUACGCAUGACUGGGCCUUUAUCCAGCUUUACCCUGAGAAGAUCGACUGGAGCACCUUCCCAGGAAACAAGGUCUACAUUGGUGGCAACCUCUCGGUGCCUGACUUCCGCAACUUCUUGUUCCCACAGCCCAAGGACAAGGUGGGCUAUGAGUACCCGGAUGAUGGGCUCCUCCAGGCCUUUGGUGUCGUGAAGGACGACGAGAUCCGUCAACCCCAGCACCUCGAUAUUCACGGCGAAAAGGCACUCCUUGUAGUGAAGAAUGGCCCAACCACAGGCACCACCGUCGGUCGUGUCAACGGGCUCGAGUCUUUCACUCGCGUCUACACUGACUAUAGUGCCAAGUAUGUGUCCAUCGAAGUCGCCAUCCUGCCCUACACCGACAACAAGAAGCUGCCCAGCUCCUUCUCCGCCCCUGGAGAUUCCGGUGCCAUCAUCCUCGACAGGGCUGGCCGCAUCGUCGCCUUGCUCACCGGCGGUGGCGGCACGAACCAUGAGACAGACGUGACCUAUGGAACCCCAUACUGGUGGCUCGAGGAGAAGAUCAAGAAGGCCUUCCCCGACUGCCACCUCUACUAGGUCGCCACCUAGGUUUACACAUUUUUUAAAUGCAAGCAGAAACUCAGGUAGACCUCUCGGACUCGUCGACUCGUUGUGCACGUCCUGGACGAGUUGGUUUGUUGUUGGUCAGCCCUUGUACACUAUCAUGUCUUUCUGCUUCUUGGACAUUCAUAGCAUAUCUUUUUGUCUUGUUUUUUGUACUAUUAUAUGUUGUACUUUGUAAUUAACAGUGUUCAUGCAUGUUUC